GCAUGUACACACGUAUAGUAAGAUAUUAAGGAAAAUGGAUAACAAAAAGAAAAUGAGAUUCUCUACUCACAGUCGCGGUGGCUCCUCCCCCUUGUCUGCCUGUUUCCACCCUUCCACCUCCGCUACCAAAGAAGAUACAUCGUCUUCUCUUCCAUCACCAUCACCAACUACUUCGUAUUUUCGCGGCGACCUCCCAAACCCAACCACCACUUGCAACUACCACACUAGUGUUGGCGUUUUCUUCCUCUCAUGGUCUCACUCCUUCCUACGCCGCUCUCUCCACCUCCAUUUCUACUACUGCAGCUCCACAAACUGCUAUCUCCACUCUCCCGAUUGCUACCGCCACUCCGUUCCAUUCACUUUCACACUAGAGAUCAAACCUCUGACCUUCUGGAGAAAACAUGGAUCCAAGAAGAUAUCUAGAAAGCCUGAUAUUCGAGUCACGUGGGACCUGACUCAUGCAAGAUUCGGUUCAGGACCCGACCCGGUAUCCGGAUUUUACGUAGCCGUCCUCGUAUCCGGCGAGGUGGGUCUUCUCGUUGGAGACUCUCUGAAACAGAGGCCGAAGAGGCAGAUCUUGGUGUCGAGAGGUGAGAAUCUGUUUGGAAAUAGAGUGUACCAUACGAAAAUCAAGAUUAAAGAAAGAGUCAGAGAGUUUGGUAUAGAUGUUAAGGUUAAUGAUGAUGAUGCUAGUCUCCGGUUUAGCGUAGAUAAUAAGAGUGUUUUGAAGAUAAAGCAACUUCAGUGGAAGUUCAGAGGGAACACUAAGGUCGUGAUCGACGGUGUGACUAUACAGAUAUCAUGGGAUGUGUACAACUGGAUGUUUGGUGACGAGGAUAAGGAUAAAGUCCCAGCUGUGUUCUUGCUUCGGUUUGAGAAUCAAGAAGUGGAAGGAAACGAUGUGUUGAUGAUGAAGAAGCGUGAGCGGGACCUUGUCGUUUUGAGGAAGGAGAAAUCUGGAACGCUGUCGUUUAGGGCGUCUUCGUAUGGUCACUGGUCUUCUGCCGUAAUGGAGUGGUCGACUUGUAAGGAAGAAGACGAGAGGAGCUUUGGACCUAAGAGUUGGUUUUCUUUGGUUGUCUACGCUUGGAGGAAGGUAAAGUAACUUUUUUUUCUUCUUUUGUUGGCGAUGUUCAGGCCAUGCAGCUGCUGAUACUGAUACUCGAACAAGAACUGGUUGUUAAAUCCACUCCAUGCAGCUGCUGAUACUCAAACCUGACAUCUGUACCUUUUGGGAAUAAAGCUUUACGAUUAAAGAGAUCCAUCCUCUGUUAUGUGUCCAAUAAAUUACUUGUGUAGUUAUUUUUUUACUCUUAUAAAGAGAUCCAUUUUCUGUGUAUAUAAACAGAGUAUUGCCAUCAAUAUGAAUCAUCAAUAUCUAUAAUUCAAUAUGA